UAUGUGUGGGAAGCAUUUUGCAGCAAAAAAGGCCCGUGUACAUCUAAAGAAUGAUUUCAAGUUGCAUCUUACAGACUCACGAGACCAUCCGGGAGUGAAACCGUACCAAUGUCAGCAGUGUGGGAAAUGUUUUACUCGGAAUUCAACGCUCUUAAUGCAUCACAGAAUCCAUACAGGAGAGAAACCAUACAAAUGCCAGGAGUGUGGGAAAUGUUUUACUCAGAAUUCUCACCUUCUGACUCAUCAGACUGUACAUGCAACAGAGAAGCCAUACAAAUGUAAGGAAUGUGGAAAAUGUUUUACUCGGAAUUCAAACCUUUUGAUGCAUCAAAGAGUUCACACAGGAGAGAAACCAUACAAUUGCCAGGAGUGUGGAAAAAGUUUUGCUCAUGGGUCAGACCUUAGGACUCAUCAGCGAGUCCAUACAGGAGAGAAACCCUACCAUUGCCCGGAGUGUGAGAAAUGUUUUGCUUAUCGAUCUAACCUUAGGACUCAUCAGCGAGUCCACACAGGAGAGAAACCCUUCAAAUGCCAGGAGUGUGAGAAAUGUUUUCUUCUCCGUGCAAACCUUGUGCGUCAUGAGAAAGUCCACACAGGAGAGAAACCCUACAAAUGCCAGAAGUGUGGGAAAUACUUUGUUCGCAAGAAAGCCCUCGUGAGUCAUCAGACAGUCCACUCAGGAGAAAAACCAUUCAGAUGCCUGGAGUGUGGCAAAUGUUUUCCUCAUAAUUCAAACCUAAUGAAGCAUCAAAGGGUUCACACAGGAGAGAAACCGUUCAAAUGCCAGGAGUGUGAGAAAUGUUUUGUUCGCAAGGCAGACCUCGUGUGUCAUCAGAGAGUCCACUCAGGAGAAAAACCUUACAAAUGCGUGGAGUGUGGCAAAUGCUUUGCUCAUAGUUCAAAUUUAGUGAACCAUCUAAGAAUUCACACUCGUGAAAAAGUAUACAAGCCCCCACAGUGUGAGACCUUCCUUCCUUCAUUUCUUCAUUUUACCGAUACCCCACCUUCAUCCCAAUAAAGGGAGGAAUGUUCCUAAGGCAGCUAACGUUUAGCUAAUAUUUUGCUAAAAUAUUACAGUUUUGUACAAUUAGAGAAUUGUCACAAAGUGAUGUGGAUUUUCCUGAAGAUUUUGAAUUUAAAGAUAUUCUCGUGCCAAAAAGUGAGAGAUUUGAUCUUGGUUUCUUGGCCUCUCGUAACCUUUGUUCUUUUGCAGGGAUUGUAAGCAAAUACGGAUUCGUGCUUGGAAUUGCUAAAACACAUUGGUGGAUCACACAUAAUCUCUAUUGGAGAGCCAACGUGGUGGAGCAUUUGGCCAAUCACAGGUCUGGUGCAAAAACAUUCCAUACUCUAGAACAGAAAUGAGUCCGUGCUGUACAUGUUGAAAAUGAAAUAAAAAUUUAAUCACUCUUGCUUUGAUUUAGGGUUUGCCUGGUACAGUUAAAAGUUGCAUUGAUAAUGUAAUAUAUCUGAAGUACCAUGUGUCUUUCUGGAUUUACUCUUGGAUGUUAAUAAAUUAAAAAACGCAUCUACUCUUG